AGCCACCUUUGCAGUUUGUGAUUGAACUGCGAUCAAGGAAUUUGGCAUCAUAUCCAUAGCUUGAGCUUGAAUUUAGAAUUUUAGUAAUUGUGCUUGAGGAUUGAGAGGUGUUUAUGUGAAUUUCAAGCUGUAGAUAAGGACCUGCUGGUAAGCUAUGGCGUUGUGUGUCUCUGCUGUUACUGCUUCCUCGAGCUUCAGAUUGUUAAAUCACGUGGCGAGUGUUGAGUCAUGCACGAGAUUGAGUUCGUUUAACUGUGCAAUUAGAGGGAGAAACGUGAGGGGUGGAUGUGUUGUGAGAUGUGUGAAAAGCAGCGAAGUAGCUGGAGGCAGGAGAAGUUAUGAUGAAGAGGAGUUCGUGGAUAUGAACCGAGGGUUGAGGGAGGAAGGAAACAGUGGGUAUGAGGUCGUCAAUGGAAGCGUGAAUGGCGGCUCGGGUGCAGAAUUGAGGGAAGGUGGGGAGGAUUGUGAGCGUGAAGUCGUAGGAACUGGAGAAGGCUUUGAGGAAGGAGAAGGAGACGGGGAGGAGAAUGACUACUGGGAGCGAAAUGAGGUGGGCUCGAGCUCCGACACUACGGUAAUCUUCCCGCAAGCCACUCAGAAAGUGGAGGAAGACCUGUUGAAGCGAAUUCGAUACCAGCACGGCAGAGAGGUCUUUGAAGAGAGAGCAUAUUUGGUAGGCAUAGAGCGUAAGAAUACUGGAGCGCGAUCCGCAUUCGGUAUUUCCGAAUCGUUGGAGGAGCUGGCGCAGUUGGCCGACACUGCAGGACUUACUGUUGUGGGAACCACUUAUCAGAAGCUCGAGAAUCCGAGCCCAAGAACUUACGUUGGGUCUGGAAAGGUGUCUCAAGUGGCGACAGCGGUGAAAGCACUUAAAGUGGAGUCGGUCAUUUUUGAUGAUGAGCUAUCGCCGGGGCAGCUUCGAAACCUUGAGAAGGCAUUUGGUGGUGACGUUCGGGUAUGCGAUAGAACUGCAUUGAUUCUCGACAUUUUUAGUCAGCGAGCUGCAACACGUGAAGCCACAUUGCAGGUAGAUCUGGCCCAGCUUGAGUAUCAGCUUCCCAGAUUGACACGUAUGUGGACCCAUUUGGAGCGUCAAGCUGGAGGUUUAGUGAAGGGUAUGGGAGAGAAGCAGAUUGAAGUUGACAAGCGUAUCCUUCGAUCUCAGAUUGCCCAGCUGAAGAAGCAGUUAGAUACCGUGCGAGGUCACAGGCAACAAUACCGUGAUCGUAGAGCAUCGGUUCCGAUACCUGUUAUCUCUUUGGUUGGGUACACAAACGCAGGAAAAAGUACUUUACUGAAUAGGCUUAGUGGAGCUGGUGUCUUGGCAGAAGAUCGCCUCUUCGCAACUUUGGAUCCUACCACCCGGCGUGUGGAGCUGCCGAAUGGGAAGGAGUGUCUUUUUACUGACACCGUGGGAUUUAUUCAAAAACUUCCUACACAGCUUGUAGCAGCUUUUAGGGCCACUCUCGAGGAGAUUAGUGACUCUUCACUGUUGUUACAUGUUAUGGAUAUCAGUCAUCCAAUGGCAGACCAACAAAGAGAAGCAGUUGACAACGUUUUAGCUGACCUCGAUGUUGGCCAUAUCCCUUAUCUAUGUGUUUGGAACAAGUUUGAUAAGGCAAAAGACCCUAAAUUACUGAAACUUGAAGCUGCCAAGCGUGGAGAUGUAGUGUGCAUAUCUGCUUUGACGGGCGAGGGCAUGGAAGAGUUCUACGAGGCAGUUGAGAGCAGGCUCAAGGACCUGAUGGUGCGUGUGGAGGCUGUAGUACCGUAUGGGCAAGGGGAGCUUGUCAAUCUUAUCCAUCGUUUGGGUAUUGUAGAGCUUGAGGAGUACACAGACAGAGGGACUCUUGUGAAGGCGCACGUUCCGUUGGCUUUGUCAAUGCAGCUAAUGCCUUUGCGCCAACAACCUAUUGCGUAGGUAGCGGAAGGAAUUGAUCGGCAAUCUGUGCCAGCUUUUCCUUCAAAUUUGUCAAACUAUGUACAUUUCAAGUUGGAAUCUUUACGCAGAUCCUCCUAUCACUGAUCUAUCACAGGUAGAAAGCAUACGAGGAUGUUGCUAAGUCAGCAGUGUUGAGAUUCUUGUAAACAGCAUCCACUGUCCGUGGGGCUUUUAAGUUACUGAGCACCCAUGACUCUUAGCAAAUUGUGGAUAAUCAAAUUUUCAAUUUAUUGUUCUACUUUUGGGGGUUGUGAA